AUGGCGCGGGGCGGCGGGCAGCUGGAGGCCGCCGCCAGAGCCCGGGGCCGCCGCCCGAGGGGCCGGGGGCAGCUCGGCCUCCUCUGCCUGGCUCUGCUCUGCGGGCUGGGCGCCGCCGAGGCGGAGUUCUCCAUCCUGGACGAGGCGCAAGUUCUGGCCACCCAGAUGAGGAAACUCGCCACCGAGGAGCUGGGGGUCGUCACCAUGCAGAGGAUUUUCAACUCCUUUGUGUACACGGAGAAAACCUCGAAUGGAGAAAGCGAAGUUCAGCAGUUGGCAAAAAAAAUCCGUGAGAAAUUCAACCGUUACUUGGACGUCGUGAACCGUAACAAGCAAGUAGUGGAAGCAUCUUACACUGCUCACCUCACCUCCCCCUUGACUGCCAUCCAGGACUGCUGUACCAUUCCACCAUCUAUGAUGGAGUUUGAUGGGAAUUUUAACACCAAUGUCUCUCGGACUAUCAGCUGUGACAGACUGUCCACCACUGUCAACAGCAGAGCCUUCAAUCCUGGACGGGACUUAAACUCUGUUCUUGCUGAUAAUCUGAAGUCUAACACAGGAAUUAAAUGGCAGUAUUUCAGCUCAGAAGAAGGAAUUUUCACUGUUUUCCCAGCCCACAAGUUCCGGUGCAAAGGCAGCUACGAACAUCGCAGCAGGCCUGUCUAUGUCUCCACUGUUCGCCCUCAGUCCAAGCACAUCGUGGUCAUCGUGGACCACGGCGCUUCGGUCACCGAGACGCAGCUGCAGAUUGCCAAGGAUGCUGCUCAGGUCAUCCUCAGCUCCAUAGAUGAGCACGAUAAGAUCUCGGUGCUGACCGUGGCAGACACAGUCAGAACCUGCUCCUUGGAUCAGUGCUACAAGACUUUCCUGUCCCCUGCCACCAGUGAGACCAAAAGGAAGAUGUCCACCUUCGUCAGCAGCAUCAAGUCCUCUGACAGCCCCACGCAGCACUCCCUGGGCUUCCAGAAGGCUUUCCAGCUGAUCCGAAACACCAACAACGGGACAAAACUCCAAGGAAAUACUGACAUGGUCAUCAUCUAUCUCUCAGCUGGGAUUACAUCAAAAGAUUCCUCAGAAGAUGACAAAAAAGCUACACUACGGGUCAUCAAUGAAGAAAACAGUUUCCUCAAUAACUCAGUCAUGAUCCUCACCUAUGCACUGAUGAAUGAGGGAGUGACAGGUUUGAAGGAAUUGGCCUUCCUGAGGGACCUGGCAGAGCAGAACUCAGUCAAGUAUGGGGUGCCAGACCGAACAGCCCUUCCUGUGGUCAAGGGGAGCAUGAUGGUCCUGAACCAGCUGAGCAACCUGGAAACCACUGUGGGCAGAUUCUACACAAACCUGCCCAACAGAAUGAUCGAUGAGGCAGUCUUCAGUCUGCCCUUCUCAGAUGAAAUGGGGGAUGGUCUGAUCAUGACUGUAAGUAAACCCUGUUACUUUGGGAACCUGCUGCUAGGCAUUGUUGGAGUGGAUGUGAAUCUUGCCUAUAUCCUGGAAGAUGUCACCUAUUACCAAGACUCUCUGGGUUCCUACACUUUCCUGAUUGAUAACAAAGGCUACACACUGAUGCACCCAUCCCUUACCAGGCCCUACCUGCUGUCUGAGCCCCCCCUGCACACUGACAUCAUCCACUAUGAGAACAUUCCUAAGUUUGAGCUGGUGCGCCAGAACAUCCUCAGCAUUCCCCUGGGCAGCCAGAUCAUCACAGUUCCUGUGAACUCCUCUCUGUCUUGGCAUGUAAAUAAACUGAGAGAAACUGGAAAAGAAGCCUACAACGUCAGCUAUGCCUGGAAAAUGGUCCAGGACACAUCCUUUAUCCUGUGUGUGGUGGUGAUACAGCCAGAAAUACCAGUUAAGCAGCUGAAGAACCUCAACACUGUCCCCAGCAGCAAACUCCUCUACCACCGCCUGGAUCUGCUGGGCCAGCCCAGUGCCUGCCUGCACUUCAAGCAGCUGGCAACCUUAGAAAGCCCUACAGUCAUGCUGUCUGCAGGCAGCUUCUCCUCUCCCUAUGAACACCUCAGCCAGCCCGAGACAAAGAGGGUGGUGGAGCACUACACCGCCUACCUCAGCGACAACACCCGCCUGAUCGCCAAUCCUGGCCUCAAGUUCUCUGUCAGGAAUGAAGUAAUGGCUACCAGUCACGUCACAGAUGAAUGGAUGACACAGAUGGAAAUGAGCAGCCUCAACAGUUACAUUGUGCGCCGUUACAUAGCAACCCCCAAUGGGGUGCUCCGAAUUUACCCCGGCUCCCUCAUGGACAAAGCAUUUGAUCCCACCAGGAGACAAUGGUACCUGCAUGCAGUGGCCAACCCAGGGCUGAUCACCUUCACUGGUCCCUACCUGGAUGUUGGAGGGGCAGGCUAUGUCGUGACAAUCAGUCACACAGUCCAUUCUUCCAGCACACAGAUGUCUUCAGGACAUUCAGUGGCAGUCAUGGGCAUUGACUUCACCCUGAGGUACUUCUACAAAGUUCUCAUGGACCUGCUGCCAGUUUGUAACCAGGAUGGAGGAAACAAAAUCAGGUGCUUCAUCAUGGAGGACAGAGGGUACCUCGUGGCACACCCCACUCUCAUCGAUCCCAAAGGACACGCACCAGUGGAGCAGCAGCACAUCACGCACAAGGAGCCUUUGGUAGCAAAUGACAUUCUGAACCACCCAAACUUCGUCAAGAAAAACCUCUGCAACAGCUUCAGCGACAGAACGGUUCAGCGGUUUUAUAAAUUUAAUACCAGCUUAGUGGGUGAUCUGACAAACCUGGUGCAUGGCAGCCACUGCUCCAAGUACAGGCUGACAAGAAUUCCAGGCACCAAUGCCUUCGUGGGGAUCGUCAACGAGACCUGUGAUUCCCUUGCCUUCUGUGCCUGCAGCAUGGUGGACAGGCUCUGCCUCAACUGCCACAGGAUGGAACAGAACGAGUGCGAGUGCCCUUGUGAGUGCCCUCUGGAGGUAAACGAAUGUACAGGCAACCUCACCAACGCCGAGAGCAGGAAUCCAAGUUGUGAAGUUCACCAGGAGCCCAUGACUUUCACAGCCAUUGAUCCAAGCCUCCAGGAUGGUCUCCCACAGUGCAUCAACACACAGUGCAACCAGAGAACAGAGAGCGGGGAUUGCUUUGGUGUGUUGGACUGUGAGUGGUGUAUGGUAGACAGUGAUGGGAAGACCCAUCUGGAUAAAUCCUACUGUGCCCCUCAGAAGGAAUGCUUUGGUGGCAUUGUGGGAGCAAAGAGCCCCUACGUGGAUGACUUGGGAGCAAUAGGAGACGAGGUGAUCACUCUGAACAUGAUCAAAAGUGCACCAGUUGGCCCAGUGGCUGGAGGCAUCAUGGGGUGCAUUAUGGUGCUUGUCCUGGCCGUGUACGCCUAUCGCCACCAGAUCCACCGGAGGAGUCACCAGCACAUGUCCCCUCUGGCUGCCCAGGAAAUGUCAGUGCGUAUGUCGAACCUGGAAAAUGAUAGGGACGAGAGAGACGAUGACAGCCAUGAAGACAGAGGGAUCAUCAGCAACACCCGGUUCAUCGCGGCGGUGAUCGAGCGGCACGCGCACAGCCCCGAGCGCAGACGUCGGUACUGGGGACGGUCGGGCACGGAGAGUGACCACGGCUACAGCACUAUGAGUCCUCAGGAAGACAGUGAGAACCCUCCCUGCAACAACGACCCCUUGUCUGCUGGCGUUGAUGUUGGGAACCACGAUGAAGACUUAGACCUGGACACACCACCUCAGACAGCUGCCCUCUUGAGUCACAAGUUUCACCACUACCGGUUGCACCACCCAACCCUUCACCACAGCCACCAUUUACAGGCUGCAGUCACAGUACACACUGUGGAUGCAGAAUGUUAAUGAACAACAACACAAUUAACGUCACUUGUGAACAACGAUCCACGUGGCGAGGAGCAGUUUGGUUUCCAUGCUUUUCCCCAAGAAUUAUUUCAAGUGUUAAGCCUAAAAGCUUUACAUUUUUCUAAAUGUAAGGUUGGCUCUGGAGUGGAAGGGAAACGUGCUUGAUGAAUGGACCUGCCAUAACAUUUAAUAAAAUGGAGCAGGAGGCACGUUAGUCCUCCAGGAGCAGGGACGCAAGUUUAUACAGCAGCUGAAGCUUUGGAAGCUCCGUGAGGCUGAGCCAAGAGGAGAAAGAGAUCUUAAAAGAGCCAGAGAUGAUUUGGUUUCCUUAACUGGAAGAGCAGAAAUGUGCAGCUGAAGACUGAAAAAGUGCCAGGCAGGAGCCAGGAGGGGAGGGAAAGCUGUUGGGUUCUCAGUGGUUUGUUUCGCACGUAGAGAGUUCACUGCUCCGAGCGAUUGCUGUGUGGAGGCUGGGACAAUGCAUCUCAAGAUUUUUAAGUAAAGGAUUAUUUUUCUACUAUUUAUUGAACUUUGACACUCUGGGGGGAGGGAAGGGAGAAAAUAUGUUAGCAAUUCUCAACGACUACCACGUAUAUUCUGUGAUGCUGAAGUGGUUCUUCUGAGGAAGACAUCUGUUUUUUAUUAGCUGAUACUCAUCCACUGCCCUGCUCUGCAAAAGGGAAAAUGAAGAAGUCUUUUCUGAUGUGUUUACAUUCUGAAUACUUUCUUUUCCACAAUUGUUUUCUGUAAAUAUCAUAAACCUGAUUUAGAUCACAGUAUUUUUCUUCCUAUUUGCAGAGGAGAAAUUCUGUACUCGGCUACUAAAAAGAUGAGAAUUCUGCCCAUAAACAUCUCCAGCUUUACCUCUUUGAUCACCCUUAAAGGUUUCCUGUGUGGAAGUAAUAAAUACAGAAUUUAUUUAGCAUUAGUUACCAGGUAAUUCCAAAUGGGAUCUGUGCCAUUCUCCUGUUUCCAAAGGACAGAAGUAGGGAUAAACCAGUGUUUUGUAAAACUUGGGUUACUGUGGAAGGUGAUCUUCCUGAAGUCAUGAUUUUAAGCUGCUGCUGUUUGUCUGGCAUUUAACAUUACUUGGUAAUUCAAACCAAGAUUAAUCAAUCUGUCUACAACCCAGGGGAUCAGAAUGAUAAAAUAGUUUGAAAUCACAGUGUUGUAUUUUAGAUUCACAUCUUGUGAUUAUUACAAUGAUACGAAACCAUUCUUGCACUGUGCGUAUGAUAAACAUCCAUUUAUAUGUAGGCUUUUAAAAAAAAUAAUUUGUUUUAAUUAAUAUGGUACUUAAUACUGUAUUAUGUAAAAAAUUGGUUUUAAACAGUACAGUAAAAUAACUAUAUGUGUGAUACCAGGAUACCCCUUUAUACUAUGUAUAAAAUUGAAAGCUCUAGUGAAAUAAACUGUAUAUAAAGUAUAGUUCUGUGGAUAACUGGCUAGGUUGGAAUUAGUCUGUCUCA